AUGGAUCUUAAAGAGUGUCUGCUCACGACGACAGCGAUAACGAUUCUGAUAGGAAUAUCACCAGUCGUCGUCGCUUGGAAUCCCGACACACACCGCUACGAGAGUUACGACCUCGACAGAGGGCCAGUGGUCUACGAAGCCUAUUAUCCAGACGCUAACGAGGACUCCCGCGGUAACUACCAAGAGAAACAGUUCUUCGACCAUGGAGCUAUCCUGGAGAAGACCUACCAGGUGCCCUCCCAACGUCUGAUGUACUCAGACGACACGGUUCAGCUGGAGAACCAACGUAACCUAGCACGAAGUCCUCCACAGGACACGCAAAGUUUUCCUCCGCAGACGAACGAUCGUUCCGUCGAUAUAAAGGAGAUCUCCAGCCUGGCCAGACGAGCGAUUACCCGCGAUCUAGAGAACUGGAACGCCAUCGAGAGUUACUUGGACCGCGCCAAAUACCAGAAUCAUCCCCUGUAUCGGCGUCGGAUCCUGGUGCCUGAACGAGGAUACGGGAUCGAGCAGACGGUUCGCGGAAUUGGGUCGAGUCUAUCAGACGCGUUCGAAGGUGGUCGUGACUUCGAGCUGUACGAGGAAAUUGGUGAACAAGCCAGGAUACGAUCUGGUGAUCGAGUGGACACGGUGAGAAGAUUAACACCACGCGAUCUGGCUGGAAGGGACAGUUUUGGAUCGAUUCGAUAUCAAGAUCGAGCUUCGCAGGACGUCGAGGCGAUUCCUGUAGCCAAUGGCGAUUCUUCUCCGUUGGAGGCAAUUAAGAACGAAAGGAUAAUAGAGCCUUAUCCGACGGAGAACAUCUUCGCGCCACGACCUCAGGUGAUCAAGUACAUUUUCUCGAAGAAACCGACCACGUCGGUGGAGGCCAAAGCGCAGACCGUGUCAGAGACGAAGGUGACGACGAAAGAGCCCGUGCCUAGAAGCUACGGGGACAAUCUUAUUCGCGAGGAGGUGAAGGAACAGGAGGGAAAGGACGUGAAGGUGACGUCGAUCGAGGUCAGCGAGGUGCCCAGGCACAAGACACGGCAUCAUCACGGGGAAUGGCCGAAACGCGAUUAUUCCAAACGUCAUCAGUCGUAA